CUUCUGAGCUGUAGUCAGACACCAUGGAGAGGUCCAAGGUGUUUCUCCUCUCAGUGAAAAACAGUUACCAUGUUGUGAUACAUGCUUGGAGCGUCGUCCUGGCUGUCAUUAGUCAGGUGAUCUCAGUAAUCUUCUUUAGUCUGGCAAAGGACAGCAGCGUGCCCAAUGCUCUGUUUCAGACCUCAUCCAGGAAUGUUUCUGAGACCUUCCCCCUGGAGGUGACUAUGGACUGGUGGUCAGAAAGUUACUGGAGUAUGAUCGACUUUUGGUCGAUGGUUUGGCUUGUGGAUGCAGUGGUCAGCCUUUUUAAAAGAAACGUCCUUGGUCCUCAGUCUUGCAAUCCAGAAAUCCACCCUCCGGCAUUUUAUCUGAUGUGGACCAUGGUUAACAUUGCAAGGAUAUGCAGCAUGCCUCUAUGGGACAGACACAAUAUACUUGGAGCUGUCUUACUCACAUGGAAUCUACCAGUCCUCAGCUUCUACAUGCUCUACAUGUCCUACUCUAACCUCGACAAGCACAAAGCCUGGCUAGCCAUCAACAACCCAAGUGUGAUCACGUGGACACGAUACCUGACCCAGAGCGGGUUGGCAGUGUUUGCCUGGUACUCAUUCUUGAAUGCUGUGGUGGGCCUUGGCAUAGUGCUCAAAUACAAAGCUGGUGUGCCAGACCCUCUGGUCAGCACCAUCGUGCUCGUCAUAGUCUCCUUGUGCACUAUAACCUGGUUUAUCCUACAGAGCUUCCUGUUAACCAAAUACUUGCAUUAUACAUUUGGCGUUUAUGCCAUUCUCAUUUUGUGCCUGGGUGCAAUGUUCACCAGAAGCUAUGAUAUCGAUGACCUCACUGCAAACUCAGUUUAUUGCGGUUUUCUUAUGCUCCUGAUGUCCAUCCUGAGUGUGAUCCAUUUGAUGUCUGUAUGUCUGUACACGGAUAAGUCAAGCAAACCUCUUGAAUUGGAGCCCUAUCUGAAAUUUGAAGGCUGUGAGACCGUGUGCCAACCGGAAGGGAAGAUCAAGCCAAAACUUCAGUACUGACAUCACCGGGAAAGCUUUCUGCAAAAUCUGGGUUCAUCUGGUGCAAAAACAUUAUUAAAUAAAUCAACUUAUGUAUCAAAGUGUGGAAAUGUAUUUCAAAGCCACCAUAUCUAAACAUUUAUCCACUGAUCUAUCUUAAAUGUGAAAAC